AUGUUCAAAUCACUUUUCUCUUGCUUUAGAAAGCAAGCCAACACUGACUUAAGAGAUUCAUAUCAAAGAAGAGAGCCCUCCAUGCUCAAUGAAGAAGAUAUUGUUGAUAUCUAUGGAAGAGACUCCAUUGCGCUUAGAGCAUCUAAGAAUAUUGAGCGAAAUGUCACUGACAAAUAAAUCUAAUGAGGAAAUAAGAAUCGUCGCUUUUGGCCAAAUCGCUGAAUAUUUUGAGAAGUCUGAACUCCCCAAAGCUCUUCCAAAGGAGGAUAACUUGAAGAAGGUUGCAAGAAUCGGACUAGGAGUCCAUCAUGCUGUGUUCUUGUUCUAUAGCUAUCAGGUAGCUUCAGUUGGAAAGAACGAUAGAGGCCAGCUAGGAUUUCCUAUCAGCGAUAUCGAUUCUGAAAAUAUUUACAAGGAUCUCCAGAUCCUUGAUAUCCAGAAGUUCAAAGAUGAAGGGAAGCGGAUUAUAGAUAUUGCAGCAGGUGCUUAUCACACUAUGCUCCUUGCUGAGCCAAUUGAUCAUGAAGAGAGUAAAGAAAAAGAAACUCGUGAAGUCUACGUAAUGGGAGAUAGAAAUAUGCUGGGCAGAUUUGAGGCCAAAGACUCCUCAGAACCAAUCCUCAUCACCAUUCCUAGACUCGAGCAAGACCCUAGUUUACGUAUUAAAUAUAUCUACUCAAGGAAUGAGAAGUGUGUGGUUAUGGACACAGAUCAUGGCAUGACACUUUGGGGCAGAGACUUUAAUGGAUUCUUCCAAAGAGAACCCUCCCUAUUUUGUCAGUUCAAGUACUCUGUAAAGAUUGCUUUUGGUCCAAAACACGGACUAGCAACUGAUGAGAACAAGAAGCUUUAUGUCUGGGGAGAUGGAACCUAUGGUGAGCUAGGUAGAGACACAGAGACAGAAGAAGUUACUGUUGAGACUCCUACCAAACAUGCCUACUUUGAUAAUAAAGAUAUCAAGGUUCAUUCUAUAAGUGUUGGAAAUCGUCACUCUGUCGUGGUCGAUACUGAGGGUAAGAUGUACUCGUUUGGAGAUAACUCAAAAGGGCAGCUAGCUACAUACGAAGAGAGACAGGAUACACCAAAUAUGAUCGAUACCGGGUUCGAAGCAAUGGCUGUUUUUAGUGGUCAAAGUCACAACCUGGUGAAAACUAAGGACGGUAGAAUAUUCACUUGGGGAGGAGACUCUAAGCUCCAAACUACUGGUAACAAAAACGGAACUUUCCUUAAAUACAUGUACGAGUUCAAGGGGAAGAAAACCUCAAAUAUCCAGACAGCUCAUGACAACACAAUCGUGAUUUCUCACCUAAAGGUCUACAAAGAACCAAAGGAAUAA